CUCCAACCCGUCCAGACCUUUUCUAGGUCCCGUUCAGGUGAAGCGGGUCAAAACAGCCCCCUAACCUCUCAGCGCCCUCCACCUUCGGCCCAGUCGCUCCCUUCCCUUCAGCCUUUCAAAUAGGCCGCUCCGGCCUAACCAAUCACAGUCUUCCUUCUUCACCGGCCCGCUGGGCACUAUCCAAUCAACGCACGCCAUCUAUGAUUCGCUGCGCCGCGGACCAAUCUCCUUUCUGGGUUGCCCCUCGGUACGUAAGAGGCGACCGGUAAGGAAGGGGAGGUUGAGGCCAGAGACGCCAUGUUGGUCAAGGGCAGUGCUGUGGCCCUGAAGGAGCUAGGAAGCCUCUCCUGGCGUCAAACCAAAGGGCUUUCCUAUGGCGCCGCCCCUGACCCCGCUCGGGGCGGGUGUACCCGGGGAGGCCGGGACGGGCUGACGGGAGAAAGCCGCCCUGGAGCCGCGAGCUUCGCCGACGUGGCCGUGUACUUCUCCCCGGAGGAGGGGGGCUGCCUGCGGCCCGCGCAGAGGGCCCUGAGCCGGGCCGUGAGGCGGGAGGCCCGCGGCCGCCGGGGCGCGCGCGGCGAGGCCCGGGUCCGUAGUCACGGGAAGGGGGACUGAUGUCCCGAGACAAGUGGGCUGCAGAGUGGGAACGGCGC